AUGUUUUGUCAAAGUCAUUUUGCUUAGAGAAUAGAGAUCCCCUAGUAUUUUCCGGAAUGUUCUUUUAAUUUACAAUAUCUUAAUCUGCUUAAUCGCAGAAAAAAUCUGCUUCUAAGAAGACUUUUAUGUCAUAAUAAUUUACUUUGCACAUCCAAUGUCUCUCCCCUGUUCAGUGUUCUGCGGCUUCCAUCUGGUUCUGAUUCUCUCCCGUCCCCGCACAUUUUCUCACUUCCUCGGCUCCUUUAGUUUUUUUUCUUCUUUUUUUCUUUUUUUCUUUUAUUUUUUCCUUUGAAUUUUGAUUCGGCUAGGGUUUCUGUUUCCUGGGUUUCGUAGAUUGAGGGUGUAAUCAGAGAAAGGGAGGAUUGCAUGGGCGAGCAUGGGGGGUGGGCGCAGACACCUAGUGGGCUAUUGCCAAAUGGUUUGUUGCCCAAUGAAGAAGCCGCCUGGGUGAGCCGGCUGCUGGACCCAGAGCGAUUGCGGAAGGCAGAAGAGAGAACUGCGGAGCUCAUCGCCUGCAUCGAGCCUAAUCGUCUUUCCGAAAAGCGGAGAAAUGAUGUGGUUGAUUAUCUCCGGCGCCUCAUCAAGAAGUGCUUCUCCUGCGAGAUAGAGGUUUUUCCUUAUGGUUCUGUACCCCUCAAGACUUACCUUCCUGAUGGAGAUAUAGACUUAACAGUCUUCUCUAAGGAUCAAAACUUGAAGAAGACAUGGGCUUCUAAGGUUCUUAAUAUGCUGGAAAAUGAAAAAAAGAACGAGAAUGCCAAAUUCCGAGUAACGGACGUUCAGUACAUUCCAGCAGCAGUGAAGAUCAUAAAGUGUGUUGUGGAAAAUAUUGUGGUAGACAUAUCGUUUAAUCAGCUUGAUGGGUUGAGUACCCUUUGGUUCCUUUAUGUGGUUGAUCAUUUCAUAAAUCAAAAUCACUUGUUCAAGCGUAGCAUCAUAUUAGUCAAGGCCUGGUGUUAUUAUGAGAGCCGCAUACUGGGUGCUCGUUAUGGACUUAUCUCAACUUUCGCCCUGGAAACCUUGGUUCUUUACAUAUUCAUUGUUUUCAAUAAUUCCUUUGCUGGACCACUUGAGGUCCUCUAUCGUUUUCUGGAGUUCUACAGUAAGUUCGAUUGGGACAAUUUUUGUGUUAGCCUCUGGGGUCCUGUACCAAUUAGGUCACUGCCUGAUGUAAGAGCGGAACCUCCUCUAAAAGGUGGUGGAGAGUUGCUAUUUAGCAACUUAUUUCUUGAUGCAUGUUGCUCUGUCUAUUAUGCUUCCCUAGGUGGCCAAGAAAAUCAGGGGCAACCCUUUGUUUCUAAAUGUUUUAAUGUGAUUGACCCUUCCUGCAUGAAUAGCAACCUUGGCCGUAGUGUGAGUAAAGGAAACUUCUGUAGGAUACGAAGAGCCUUUGCACUUGGAGCUGAAAGAUUGGCAACAUUGCUUCAUUGUCCCAAAGAGGACCUAUUUUCUGAAGUAAAUAAAUUCUUUAAGAACACGUGGGACUGGCAUGGAGGUGGGAAUCGCCCAGAUGACCCAAGGAAUGAUUUAUGGGGCUUGAGGUCCUCAAAGCCAGAUAACCAACAUGGAUCUGAAAAUGUUAGGAACAACUCAAGUGGAAAAAGAAAUGAUGUUUCCUCUGGGCUUGGAUCUCAAGCUGGUGUGAUGAUUGGAUCACUCAUUGUUCCUCUAGAAUAUGGGAAAGGUAAGGGUUUAUCUGAGCACUCUUCUCAGAGAGAUGAUGAUAGCAGAAACUGGAAUCUGCCAUCGACAAUGGGCACUGGGAUGGCUGAAAGAAAUACAGGAGCUCAACCAGUUUCUUUGCAUGUUCUUAGGCAUCAACUGGCUGAUAAACCAACAUCGAGGUCUGACCGGUUGGCAGCUGCCGAGAGCCGAACUGACAGGCCUUGGGGCUCACAUAGAAAUUACUCAUUUCCUUCAUACCAGUCUCAAAAUGGUCCAGUACGCUUAAACUCAACACACAGUGGUUCUGCUAAUGUAGCGUAUGGCAGGCAUCCAGUAGCAACCCUGAAUCCAAGUGGGGUGUCAUCUAAUGGUCCCAACAUUCCAUUUUUUGUCAUGCUGUAUCCUUAUGAUCAUACCCCUGGUUAUGGUUCCCCUGCGGAACAGCUUGAGUUUGGUUCCCCUGGACAAGUGAGUUUCUCUGGCAUGAAUGAAACAUCACAGCUAAGUGAAGGUGGUCAGUCAGGUGGCGUAUUUGUUGAGCAAAGGUUUCAUGGUGGCUCUGGUCAAUGUUCUUCACCUCACGCCACCUUAAAAGGGAACUUUGAUUUUUAUUGUCGGAUCAUUUGACCAGAAGAAUUAUCAUUGAAAGUCGAGGAUUUCCCACCUCUUGCUUUUCUAAGUCGGCGUGGGAAUGAUGGUGGGAGUAGUCUAAUGAGAAAACCUCUCAUUAUUACACCGUUUUGUUCACAUCUCUGAAGAAGAAAGAAUUCAUUUCUUGGAUUCAGUGACUGCUGGUUUUCUCGGAAGAUGGCGACCCAUGCAUCCUGGGUUGUGCUUUGUAUGUACACUAUGAAUUCCGAAAUCCAUAUUGUUAUUCUUGAUUUUGGUGAAUUUAAAACCAAAUUACAGUGGGCAUGUUACCAUAACUGCAGCCGUACCCUUUAGGUAGGGGCAACAUGAAUGAUACAAUAUAAUGUUCUUAAAAUU